AUGGAACGUCUCUCCCUAAACUGCUACCCUCUUCGUCGUCUCAAGCCUACCGAUUCCCUCCCAUUCACCCUCGACCUCAACACCUCCAUUGCAAUCACCACACUUUCUCUCCCCGCUCUCCUCACUUCCGGUCGCCUCUUCAUCGCAGACCACAGCUACCAACUCAAUUACCCAAAAGGAGCAGGGAAAUACGGCGCCGCAACCACAGCGCUAUUCUUCAUCCAUCCUAUCUCAGGCGACUUUCUACCACUAGCUAUCAAGACGAAUGUCGGAUCUGAUCUGAUCUACACGUCACUUGACGAGCCGAAUGAUUGGCUACUGGCCAAGAUCCUGUUCAACGAGAAUGAUAUCUUCCAUGGCCAGAUGUACCAUCUUGUUGCUUCGCAUGACGUAGCCGAGAUUGUGCAUCAGGCUGCAAUGAGGACUUUGAGUGAUGACCAUCCGGUGAUGAUACUUCUGGACAGAUUGAUGUACCAAGCCUACGCCGUUCGACCAGUAGGCAACGCAGUACUUUUCAACGAUGGCGGGUACCUCGAUCGAGCAUUCUACGUCAACCACCUCGGAGCCGCUGAGUUCGUCGCUGAUUUCUACCCAAUUGCUGGAUCUUUCCAAGCCAAUUACUUGUCUACCGAUCUCAAGAACAGGGGAUUGAUCAAUUCGACUUUUGGGCCGGAGUUGAAACACUUUCCGUUCUACGAGGAUGCUAAGCUUAUCCGAGAUGGGAUAUUUGAAUUCAUAUCAACCUUCGUCAACACCUACUACCCCACCCCCAAUCUCUUCACCACUGACACAGAACUAACCUCCUUCUUCCACGAAGCCAGCACCCUCGCCCAAGUAAUCGACUUCCCCUGCUCCUCCUCUUCCUCCUCCCAAUCCACACCCUGCAAUCCCACCACCCUAAUCUCCAUCCUAACCCACAUGGCCUACCUAACCGGCGUCCAACACCACGCCCUCAACACAGGCGACCCAGUCUACUCCUCCGGAACGCUCCCCUUCCACCCCACAGCACUCUACUCCCCCCUCCCCACAGCUAAAAACAUAUCCUCGUCUCAACUCCUGGGACUGCUUCCCCCGGUGUCGGAUGCGCUGUUUCAGAUUUAUCUGCUGGCGGUGUUCAAUCGGCCGCAUUAUGAGGCGCAGAAUAAGACGCUGGUGUGGGAGUUUUCGGAUGAGGGGUUUCUUGGGAAGUUUGGAGGAGGUGGUGGAGGGGGUGAGGGGAGGGGGAGGGGGAGGGGGAAUAAGAUGGGGAAAGAGGUGGAAGGUGCGGCGGAGGUGUUUAAGAAGAGGAUGGAGGGGAUUAGUGCAGAGAUUAGGGGGAGGGGGUUCGAUGAGAGGGGAUUGAGCCAGGGGAUGCCGUUUGUGUAUAGGAGUUUGGAUCCUGGGACUAUUCCGUUUUAUUUGGCUGUUUAGCUGGAUCGACAGGUGACGCGUCAUUGGGAUGGGACUUUUUGGCGUAUCGUGCAGGGUGAGGCGAAGGUGUUGGGCGUCAGGAAGGCGAAUAAAGGCACAUGCAUUGGGCUUGACGUGGCGUGACGUGUUGGGAGAGUACUGGGUUCGAUUCUUGUUGAUAUUAUUCUUCCUCCUACAUUUUUAUUUCUCGAGGUUGGAGUGGGAGUUUGGUUUGAAGUCGAGAGCGAGUUGAGUAGGCGAUGUGGAAGCUCUUUUCACAGAUAGAUGAUACAUCUCACGAAUAGACGAUUGGAUUGGAUCUAGACUAAGCAAAGAGAAGGGUUGGGAUAAAAUACAACAUACAAGAGGCGUU